CACCGCUCGUUCUCUUUCACAGAAGCCCCAGACGCUCUCUGCUCCUAAACCUUUUGAGACCAAACAACGCAGAAGAGGAAGGAACAGCUUUUCUGAGAGAAAGCCCAUCGUUUAUAGAUUUAUAAAAAGAAAAAGUUGGAGGAAAACCACAACUUUCUUUGGGGAAAAAAAAAAAAAAAAAGAAAGCUUUUUGCUGUUUAAGGGCUUUUCAAAAAUGGCGGAGGGUAUGAUACGCAUCACGGAGACGAAAGUUAUGUCAGAUGGGUAUUCGGAUCGCAUGCCCGAUUCGUCAUCAAAUGGGUCUUCUCUGUUUCAGAGGAGAAUCGAGUUCCACCAGGCGAGGAAGCCCUUCAGGCCGUUUAGUAAAGGGGAUGGUGAUUUUCGGCUUGAAACCUUAAACCCCAGCAGUUCGGAUCCUCGUAGAACUGGUUCUAAUUUGGGUCAAUCGGUUUUGGGUGGGAAGAAAGCUGAUGGGUCUGAAUUUUUGGAAAAUGGGUUGGAUCCGGAGCUCAGUUUUGGAAUUACCUUUCGGAGAAUUGGUGCAGGUUUAGAAAAUCUUGGGAAUACUUGUUUCCUCAAUUCGGUAUUGCAGUGUCUAACGUACACUGAGCCUUUAGCAGCAUACUUACAAAGUGGAAAGCAUCAAAAUUCUUGCCAUGUUGCUGGUUUUUGUGCUUUAUGUGCCAUCCAGAAACAUGUUAGUCGUGCUCUGCAAUCAACUGGGAGAAUUUUAGCACCUAAGGAUCUGGUCUCGAACUUGCGUUGCAUAUCUCGAAAUUUCCGUAAUGCCAGACAGGAAGAUGCACAUGAAUACAUGGUAAACUUGUUGGAAUCCAUGCAUAAAUGCUGCUUGCCUUCAGGAGUGCCAAGUGAAUCACCUAGUGCCUAUGAGAAAAGUUUGGUGCAUAAGAUCUUUGGUGGCCGCCUUAGGAGUCAGGUCAAAUGCUUGCAGUGCUCAUCUUGCUCAAAUAAGUUUGAUCCAUUCUUGGAUUUAAGUCUUGAUAUAGCCAAGGCUGAUUCCUUGCAAAAAGCAUUUUUGUACUUCACUGCUGCAGAACAAUUAGAUGGAGGAGAAAGGCAGUAUCAGUGCCAACAAUGCAAGCAGAAAGUUAGGGCCCUCAAACAGCUUACAGUUCACAAGGCACCCUAUGUUCUUACCAUCCACCUGAAGCGAUUUCGUGCACAUGAUCCUGGCCAAAAAAUAGACAAGAAAGUUCAGUUUGGUCCUACAUUGGAUUUGAAACCAUUUGUUAGUGGUUCCUAUGAAGGAGAUUUGAAAUACACUCUUUAUGGGGUUUUAGUUCAUUAUGGUUGGAGCACACAUUCUGGUCACUAUUAUUGCUAUGUUCGCACAUCUAGUGGCAUGUGGUAUUCCCUUGAUGACAAUCGGGUUGUCCAAGUUAGCGAGAAGACAGUCCUAGAACAGAAGGCUUACAUGUUGUUUUAUGUGCGUGAUAGAAAAAAUAUUGUUUCAUGGAAACCCUUUGAUAUUGCUCAGAAAGAGAAUAAAGUAAAUGAGAUUGGAACUAAAACCUAUUCCACUUAUAACCAGGGUUUAAAGAAACCAGUUCAAAAUGGUUUAGUUGAUGACAGAUUAAAAAAUACUGUCUCGUCUACUACAGAAAAAAAAAAUGCAUUUGAUAUUGGUCCACCAAGGGAAUCCUUUUCAAGCAAAGUAUCAGAUUGCCCAAUGUCAGAACCAUCUCUAAAGGCAUCAUUGUCAAAGGACCCAUCAGAGAGGCUUUCUUUUCCACCUCCAAGUUUAGGACAAUGCUUGAUACCAUCUUCUUCAUCUCCUAGCAACAAUAAUGUUGAUGCAUCUAAUCUGGAAGUUGGUACUACUGUAAACGUUGGCUCUAAUGUUAAUGACUCAAAUGAGGGGGGAAAUUCAAAUAAAGACUUUAGUACCUUAAUAUCCACAUCACCGAAUUGUAAGGACCUCCAAAGCUUUGACACUGCUAAGAAUGUUAUAGAUGAGACCUCUCAGAAGAAUAAACCUGCUUUGGAGGACUCCAAGAUGGUUUCAUCCAUAAAGUCCUGUGUAACAUCAGAAAAAGUUGACCCUGUAAAAUCAGUUGAUCAACCAAAUUAUGAAAAGGUUGGAAGUAUUACCAAUGGACCUGCAGUUGGCAAUUCAAUCGGUGACAAGGGUGGUGACUAUAGUAAAAAGCUGAUGCACGAUGAGUUGGAGAAAUCAUCGGACUCAUCAGUUGUGAAAAAUGAAGCUUUACAUGUGGAAGAUUUUGAGUGCAGGUCCCGCAAAAAAUUGAAAAAGAAGAUUUCUAAGAGUCAGGUUGCAAGUUUCCACUCAAGCAUCCUUUUCAGGGCAUCCUUGGGCCUUCGGAAAAAGAAGAAACUUAAAAGGAGUAAACACAGAAACUUAGAUACCAAGAAUCUCAAAAAGGAACUCUUAAUGGAACCUCGUUGCUUCCCAUCAGAUUUGGGGCCAUCUACAUCUGAGAAAACUCAUACAGAUUGUUUGGUUUCAUCUUGUUCUCAUAGAAAGAAACCUAAAUCUGGCUCUAAAAAGGAAGCAAAUGGUGCUGGUAUGAUUGAUGAAGGAAAUUCUCUGGGUGAUUCUUUGGUAAAUUUUGUAGAUGGAGAACUAGGAGAAAGGAUUGCUCAAAAUAAUACUGUUCUUGCAAGUGAUAAGCAACUAGACAGCAGUUCUCGCUUUAGCUUCUCAGUGAAAAAGUCGAAUGCUAGGGGAAAUGGUAUUUCACAAGAUUGCAGUAGAGAGAAAAUGCAAAAUGGUUGGAUGGGUGUUCUUACACGAGGUAUGGAGGAGACAGUUGUUGCACGCUGGGAUGGGAUAGAAUUACCUUCUCAGACUGUUGAAUCUAGUGCUAUGGAGAGUGUCAGCAUUGGUUACAUAGGAGAUGAAUGGGAUGAAGAGUAUGACCGGGGAAAGAGAAAGAAGGUGAGGGAAUCUAAGCAUAUUUUUGGUGGGCAAAACCCUUUCCAAGAAAUUGCAACCAAGAAAAUGAAGUUGAAGCAGGCAAAGGUUGACAGGUAUAGUUCUGGAAAUCGACCGUUCCGGAUAUGAUAUGAAGAAAAUCGAACCAUGUUCAUAAUUUUGACCUGCUGUUAUAUUCUUGGAGCAAUUGUUAUGUUGAGCUGAAAGCCUGAAACUGUACGAGAUGGAAGCAUUAUUUUUCGUAUUCCUUAUUGGUUUGUGCUAAUUGUUGGAGAGGAAGAGGGUUUGGGGAGGAUUCUAUAUACCUUAAUUCUGUAGGAUCGUUUCUGGUAUAGGACAACUGUACUAGGUAUCUCUUUUAUUUAAAGAAGAAUUAAUCUGUUUUUGUGGUCAGUAAUGUAUUUUUAAAUUUGAAAGACCUUUAGCCUUUCCUAUGAUACCCUCUUGUUGCUUAAAAAUUUUUAUUGUUAAUAAUUUAUUCAUAUUA